CUUUAUACAAACUAUUAUCAUUUGCGUGACGCACAACUCGAAGAAUUCUACACACAUCAUGCGUAUCAUGUUGGUGGGCAUCUGCGCUGCAGUAUUGGUAGCAAAGUGUGCCGCCCAACUGCCCGACUUGUCUAUUGCGACAAACAACAGCUUAGAAGUUGACAACUUGUUCAGACGUGAUGUCGCUUGUCCGGUGUGGCCAUACUGGGGCCCGCCAACUCCAGAUGACUUCUAUCUUCGGAUUCUGCCGCUUGGGGCGUCAAUCGUUUGGGGCUACAGGUCUUCUGACAACAAUGGGUUCCGUAAGAGACUUCGAGAUACGCUUAGACAGGAUGGCUGGAAGGUCAACAUGGUCGGUUCUUUGCACAACGGUGACAUGAUAGAUAAUAAUGUAGACGCAAAAAUUGGCAACCGCAUUGACCAGGUCCACGCGGCGUCAGCGUCCUCUACAAUGUAUCAACCUAAUGUCAUCCUUAUCAACGCUGGCACCAAUGAUUGCCUACAAGCUUACGACAUCCCUAAUGCUGGGGCACGAUACGGAGCAAUGCUGGAUGAUCUUUACAAUGCAAUUCCUGGCGUCACAAUUGUUGUAUCAACUGUCCUGAUUGGCAGCGCCACGGGCAUUCCGCAAUAUAGAGACAGCGUUAAUAGCCAGCUUAGGAACUUGGUCGCACAGAGGCUAAGCAAUGGCCAGAAGAUCGUCUUGGUUGACACGGAUCAACCGGCGUCUUGGCUCACCAUCAACUACAUUGGUGAUGAUGGCAUCCACCCGACUGACGCGGGCUAUGAGAGAUUAGCAGCACUCAUGCGGAAAGGGAUCUACGAGGGCCAAAAAACCGGCUUUCUAAGCGCGCCUGCGGAAACGCAGUGGAGCGACGAUGGAAGUUCCCCCGGCGACAAUACGUGCGACAAAGUAUACGGCAAUGGUCACGGUCCUGUAAACACCCAACAGGGCAGCGGCCUUGAUGACGGGCCUUAUGUGCACGAUUCCGAGAGUAUGGGUAGUGUGGCAACUAUUGUGACCUCGAUAAGGGCCAAUUUCACAUUCGCUCGAAUAGCGAAUGCGUUCGGCGCGCAUGACCUCUUGGAAGUUACCGCAUAUCUGACUGACGAUGGCUCCGGGCGAUACUACAACUACUAUCCAAAUGAUGGCAACGGUUCGUGGACAGUACGGCCCCAAGGUGAAGAACAGGAGCAGAUUAUUGUCCCUGAUGCUUGCAUUGCCAAAGGCGUGCGUUUUGUGGACAUCAACGCUGAUGGCUUGGAUGAUAUGAUAUGUGUUGCCGUAGACGGGACAGCUUAUGCCAUGAUCAAUAAUGGAAAUAGGGGGUUCACGAAUAGCGGCGAGGUCUGGAAGGCUAGCGAAGGUCCUAAGCAGGAUCGCGUGCUGCUUGCGGAUAUUGAUGGCGACGGUAGAGCAGACUACUGCACAAUCGCUGACAAUGGUGACAUCUCUUGCUGGCGCAACGGUGGUCAAGGAAACAUGCCAGAAUAUUGGCAAGAGCUGGGGGUUGUUGUCCAAGGAAAAGGCUUCGGCGAUGUGAAUGGAGUCCGAUUCUUCGACCUGAACGGGGAUGCACGUAUUGGCCGCCACGACUGGAUGUGGAUGGACGACACCGGUAAGACAUGGACGUACACCAAUAAUAGAGCCUGCAGCAAGGGCACAUUGGAACCGCUCUGGCGUGCGGGCUCAAACAAAGAGCUCGGGGAGGGGCCCACACACGCAGGAAUGGGGAAGAAUGUUGGCCGGAGUGCUAUUCACUUUGCCAACGUGUUCAACGAGCCCGAGUCUAUUGGUCUCUAUGGACGCGGUGACUACAUCUGGAUGCGGGAGUUCCAGUCAGUUAGCCAGGGCCAGAGCUACUAUUUGGUCAAUGUCUGGAAGAACACGGGCAGUGGAGCGACAAAGCUGAAAGCCGACGGAGACAAGUACUGCAACAUGAUGGGACACAGUCCCCAUGCAAUGGACUACGUAUGGGUUCAUUCGACCGGCUGGAUGAUGCUCUACGAAAGCCUCGGCGGCACAUUUCCCGUAAACCCUCCGUACUGGGGUCCUCACUAUCAGAUCUGGGCCGCCACCGACUAUACUGGUGCUGAGAUUGACCGAAGGGACUUGCACCUGGCAGACUGGGAUGGCGAUGGGUUAUGUGAUAUCAUCUAUGUGAACCCGGACGACAACAGCUUGAGGGUAUGGCUGAACCUGUACAAAGUGAACGGCAACUUCGAUAAAUGGACUGAAGCGGAUGUUUCGGCCUAUGACUUUGACUGCCCUGAAAAGCGAGGCGUAGGCAUAUACGACCUCGCUGUGCGCUUCGCCGACCUCGACGGUAACGGCAGGACCGAUAUCCUCUGCAUCAAACCAAACGGCUUCACAUCAGGCUGUCUGAACAACGCAGAUGGCCCGGAGUACGUUUUGCAGAUCAAGAAAUCCGAGGACAAAGACAGAGCCAACUUCCAUUGGGCGGAUGUCAACGGCGAUGGCCGCGCCGAUCUACUGUGGGUGGACAAGUUCAAUGGAGAUGGUUACGUAUACUACAACCAGGGCGAGACGCCGGUCGACGGCAGCCUGUUCACGUGGGAAGGCGAGGGCGCUGUGUAUAUGGGAAACGCGCAGGGGUCGUGUAUGCACUAUCCAGAUCUGGACGGAGAUGGCCGUGCUGAUAUGCACGUCGUGGACUCACUCGAGAACACAGCGCAGACCUGGUUCAAUCUCUGUCCAAACGAAGGUUCUUCCUCGAAUGGAGAUGAUCCAGAUACGUUUGAGACGGUACCGGUGACUUGGCUGGGACUCACGUGAUGGAUGUAGUUUGGAGGAAGACAAUAUACAGUCGGUGCAUACUAGUGGGCAUUUGAGCACGAUAUAUUCUUCUCUUAUGGUCACGAUCAGGUUUCGGGGUUUAGUCACUGCGAUGGGGAAUGGAAAGAGACUGGAGUCGUCGUUUCCAGAGUGCACUGGAAGCUUUUCCAGUGGAACCCAUUUUUCAAAAAUGUACGAUGCUAGAGAACAUAGUAAUUCUUAUUAUAUUACAGGCAU